CAGUGCUGCCUUUCAUUUAAGUCGCCAUCUUUGAAGUAUAUCGAGCUUUUUUCUGUCUUGUGCGUAGCGAAGUUCAUAAUUGAGAGUAAAAUUGGAGCCCACUAAUUACCGAGAAUGAAUCAAUCUCGAAAUUUUACCUCGCUUUUAAACCCAAGCUAUUUACAAAAUGCUCAAAACGCCGCAGCGGCAAAUGCUGCGGCAGCAGCAGCCGCUGCUGCAGCUGCGGUAUCAGCGGCUAUCGCCAACGGAACACAAAUCAGCCCGAACAAUUCCCAAAACAGAAAACGUGAAGUUGAAAGUGAUGUAAAAUCAGAGAAAGAAUCACGUGAGGAACGAAGGAAGCGUAGGAAGACUCGAUGGGGAGGCAGCGAACAUGACAAGACAUUCAUUCCCGGCAUGCCAACAGUUCUGCCCACUAACUUGACCCCAGAACAGGAGCAGGCUUAUUUGUUUCAGCUGCAGAUUGAGGAAAUCAGCCGGAAACUCCGCACUGGUGACCUCGGGAUACCGCUAAACCCUGAAGAAAGAUCUCCAUCUCCUGAGCCAAUAUACAGUAGCGAUGGUAAGCGCUUGAACACCCGAGAAUAUCGCACGAGAAGGAAGUUGGAAGAAGAAAGGCACAAUCUGAUUCAAAAAAUAAUGAAAAUCAAUCCUGAAUUCAAACCGCCACCAGAUUACAAGCCACCCAUAAUACGUGUACAUGAUAAAGUGAUGAUUCCGCAAGAGGAGCACCCUGACAUAAACUUUGUUGGUUUGCUAAUCGGACCACGUGGUAAUACUUUGAAAUCAAUGGAGAAAGAAACCGGUGCCAAGAUAAUAAUUCGAGGCAAAGGUUCAGUGAAGGAAGGUAAGGUUGGAAGAAAAGAUGGUCAGCCGUUACCAGGUGAAGAUGAACCACUGCAUGCAUAUAUUACUGCAAAUAAUCUUGAUGCGGUCAAAAAAGCAGUUGAAAGGAUUCACGAGAUAAUUAGACAAGGGGUUGAAGUACCCGAGGGUCAAAACGACUUACGCCGUAAUCAAUUACGUGAACUAGCGUUGCUCAAUGGAACUCUUCGUGAAAAUGACGGACCUCGAUGUACUAAUUGCGGCGCAAGUGACCAUAAGUCUUGGUUGUGUCCGGAUAAACCAAAUGUGACGAACAACAUCGUUUGCUCGAGUUGUGGAGGUGCGGGACAUAUUGCAAGAGAUUGUCGUUCAAAACGACCUGGUCAAGGUGGACCAGCAGCUGCAGGAAUGGGAGGAAUGACACCAGGAGGUGACAAAGCUAAGAUUGAUGAAGAAUACAUGUCUCUUAUGGCUGAGCUGGGAGAGGGUCCACCACCCGACAGAUCUAAGGGUCAUCAGAGAACUCAGAGCACAAAUUAUCCAGGUCUCUUCGACAGACAACAAGCGCCCAGAGCUUUGAUGGCUGCCCCGGCUCAUCCACCGCCACAGAUGAUGCAAGGUGGUCCGAUGAUGCCUCCACCUGGUAUGGCGCCUCCGCCAUGGACCCAGAAUGAUGUAAACAGCAUGAAUGGCAUGAAUAUGCAAUGGCAGCCACCUGUCAGUAUGCCUCCACCGCCUGGAGUAAUGCAGCCUCCACCUCCUCCUCCCGGUUCUACCACGCAGCCUAAUAUCCCUCCAUUGAUGCCGUGGAUGGCAGGAAACAAUCAGCCUCCACCUCCUGGGCAGAUGCCUCCUGGGCAAAUGCCACCUGGAAUGGGAGGUAUGCCACCUUGGCAACAGGGGCAACAGAGCCCGAUGCGUCCUCCGCCUCCAGGAACCGCACCACCUCCUGGAUUCCCAGGAUGGCAGCAGCAAUCACUGAGUGGAUGGCCUCCAGCUGCGCCUGUACCACCCCCACCUCAACAACCAGCACCUGCACCUCCGGGUAUUGAUUUGAAUAGCCUACCUACUUUGUUGGCACAACCACCGCCACCACCUCCGCCGACUAGUUAGUGCGAAUCACUUUCACUUUACACGAUUUAAUUUAGAAUUACCUUCUUUGAUAACCUUACUAUGAGAGGAUAAGCUUAGUUAUUAAUCAUAAACUUUAUUGGUACAAGAAAUCAAGGUCGCAGUAUCUUCUAUUCGCUGUUUAGGCUGAGAUCCAUUCAAUAUGUUACUCCCUUCUUUAUAUUGCACAGAACAAAUUCAGCGAUAGAGUAAAAAUGUUUUAGCAACUGAGCAGCAAAAUUACAUGUUUUUUUGUUGGGUCGGACCAUAGCUAUGUACUACUUUGAGCUUUGACUAGAAGACAAUAAACUUGUAGCAUGGAAUGAGAUUGAUGAUUUUAAUCUUGUUAGGUUGAAAAGCAUAUAUCUUGAUUUCUUGGGUAAUAAUCGUCUCUUAAAAAUAGAGUUUUGAAUUUCUCUUUCAUGAAUGUCCUAAAUAAAAAUUCAGAAUUUGGCAAGAAUUUUAAAGCAAGCUAUUUAGCUUUCCUACCUUUUCAAUUGCAAGGUAAAAGAUCAAUCGUUUUAUGACGACAAAUUCCGGUAGUAGGUAAUUCUUGGUUUGUAAUGAGAUUUUUUUGUUGAGGAAUUCAUAGUCUUAUUCUUAAAAUAAGUUACCUAAUAUACCUUUAUAUGUCUACAAUCACAAGGCGUGAAAUUUGCAAGUUAAUGUGUAAUUAUUAACACAUCUAUUUUCUACGGUUCAAGCCUUUCCAGUUUCUUUAUGUCGUAGUUUUCAAAUCCUAACGAAGUCCUCUGCGUAAAUUGAAGGUAACACGGGAUAAUUAUCACUGUAUGUAUUUACCAUGUAACAUAUUAUGCAACAAUAAAAAUACAAAAGCAA